AGCACUCUAGAAGUGUACUGAGUAUGUAAUUGUUGUUGUAAGGUCAGCGUCGAGUGACGCUGUCCUAUUUCCCACGCUGGCUGCGUCCGUAGGUAGCCAACCUUGAACUGUCCACCCGCGACCACUGGCCCUUUCCCACGCUGGUUGAGCUCAGGGUAGCCGACCUUGAACUGCCCACCCCCCGGCCACUGGUCUAUUGUUACACCCGCCUGAGAACUUGGGUGGAAACAAUGACCAGACAGGGCGAGGGGGGGGCAGGGGAUGGAGGGAUCGACAUUCUAGAAUGUUCCGAGGGUAGGGAAAUAUAAGUAGCGGGGCGGACAGUGGUUGGCAUGCUGUUGAGAUUUUUGAGAGAGAGAGAGAGGAGGCAGGCCAGCAAUCGAGAAAAGAGUUGAAUAAAGAAACUUCAACGUGAGAAAUCCAUCUUGUGUUUUCCUGUACAACGUAGUCCAACCCUACGUAGCCAUUGACGUAUUGGUUACAAUUGCUUGCUGUAUAUGUAUGAGCCAGGACGCGGGGCCACGCCACCCAUCUUCUUCGCUUUCUGUACUGGCUUCCCAUCUGUUCUGACAUCCAGUACAAAGUGUCCGUGCUGUGUUUUAAGUUGUUUGCUGGCACCUGUACACCUGUCCUGAUUAUUUUUCUCAACUGCUAGGCAACAUACACUGUAUGCUACUCACUCAUGUGGUGAGCGCCUUCAAGGGACGCCACUCCAGCACAGCAAAUUGGUUACUUAGGUAAUCAAUGGGCAGCCAUCUCGCCAGUGUUUUUCACCAUUUUUUUCUCCCCGAUUGCGCGGAAACCUGCCAGCUAUUAGAGAUUUCUGGAGUGUUUUCCCCAUUUUGUCCCCCCGACUGUAAGCUUACCUGCAAGCUGCGAGCUUUUCUACAGACCUAUUCUCAUUGCCGCUGGGAUAUAUCUUGCUGCUACCAGUAAUUAUAAUCAGUAAUAUUCAUUCCUCUAGCGGUCACAUAUAUCUUGUGCACAGAGCUAGCGGUCACAUAUCUUGCGGGGUGUACUGCAUGCUCUGGAAUACUUGCAUGUACACAGAAGUGUGAAGGCUAGCCAUGUUUUAAUAUCAGGUAGCUUAGUUUCCCGUCAAAUCCCCGUUUGUAGGACGCAACCAACGCUUCAAACCCCUGCUUGCAACCUCUGAGCAACUAAGACGUUAAAACAUUCCCCUGUAACUAGAGAAUAAUAAAAGUAAUAAUAAUAAUGAUAAAUGUAACUAUGAUACUCUUCAAAUUUCUUUGUUGUAAAAGAUGAAUGUGGUGUUUUUAACGGUUUGGUCGUUAGGACCAUGUUAGAGGCCACCCAGCAAACACGAAAGAUUCGGCCAAGUUUGGACCAAUGUUACAAGCUUGGCCGAAUCUUGCGUGUUUGCUGGGGACUGAUCUAGAUUUCCUUCUCUCUCCCGCUGAGACGUAAGCUGGUCAUGUGACUUGGCACUACACUCUUCCUACAACGGUCCUUCAGGCUAUACCUCGACAGUAAAAGAACUGGCUUCAGACCAGCGUAGUCUUUAACUGGUGCCAGUCAAGAAAGGAAGGAAUGCAUACUUUAUGGCCCAUGAAAUGAUGAAAAAAUAAAGAAUGUUUGGAAAUGAUGGAGAGGGAAAUUAAACAAUCCGCAAAUCUUUUGAACCAGCAGGCAGUAGGGGAUUUACCUAAAGAAGUGCUCAUGCAUAUCAUUAGCUAUCUUCCAACAGAAACUUUAGCCGCCUGCGUGGCAGCACAUGUCUUCAACAACAUUAUUCUUGAUGAAAAGUUCCUCGACAUGCAUACCAGAAAUGUUCUUGGGUUUCCAAGCAACUACACCCAGAUCACACAUAGCAUCAUACCACCUGCUGUGCUCCCAGUGCAAGAAUUAUGGUUCCAAACUUAUCUUGCUAAAGCUCUACCUAACAUGGUCAGCUCGAUCCGAUCUGGUUGUGUAUUCUACGAUCUCCUGUGCUUCAAGCACUUGUUGGAAUCAUGGCUUCUGCAGGCAGUGGGAUUCAAAUUCACCAACUUUGCUUAUCAUGUUGCAGGCGACAAGUUACCUCCAUUACCUAUAAGCAAACUUCAAGCUGUUCCCCUGGACAUUCAUAUCCGACAGUAUGUGACUAAGAUGGCAUUGUGCUGUCCAGAAAUUCUCUUGAAGACUAUAAAUAACUUUGAGGUUAUGUCCAUUACCAUGUCAAGUCCAUCUGAUCUGGAUGAUCCUUGGACUGUUGGAAUUCCUCUGGCUUUAAAAACCAGCUUCACUCCUCAUGUCAGUAUUGAAGUGGUGCUUCAGCAAAAAGGUCUCCUUCUAACUUCCUUCCUGCUAGUUUUGGAUGCAAAUGAGUGGAUUGGAUGGACAGGCUUAAUUGACUACUCCACUUUUCGAUGCCUUGAUACAUGGCAAACAUGUAAGUUUGGGUUUAACAUAGACCUGGCUGAUAUGAAGGUUGCAUUUCACAGCUUAUUCCAACAACUGUUAGAUUAUGUAGGCACAGAAUAUGUAUCUGUUCAUUGUAGCAGUGCUUUUUUUUUCCGAGGCAUACACAGGCUUAUGCAGCCCCGACAAAUACUGCGUCAACAAAUGCAAGCUGUCUUAGAGAGGGAAGCAGCUCGCAUCACCAAAAAGAUAUCUACAAAGAUAGGAUCUGAGCAGCGCAAGGAACUAAUAACAUUCCUUGAUGCACUGCAUUUUAUGCCACAGGUUGUGAGAAAACAGGGUGAGAUGACAAGACACUUGCACUUGCCUUCUAGAACCCUUGAAGUUGCCAUUCAGCGCUACACCCACCGCGUGUUAAACAACCUCUUUGGAGCGGAGGUGCUAAAUCUGUACUCUGACCCAGCUUGUCAUGUUGUCCUAUGCAACGCCUGCAGCAGCACCCAGCUUCUCAGUAGCAGUCCUGCUCGCAGUUGUCUGAAGCGCGUUAGCCCUCAGAAUUUACCCUUGAGGAUCUGGCCAUUGCACAUUAUUCAAGUGUCGGUGGUCAUACUUCCAGCACUGAGCAAACUAGUCGGGCUUGACAUGGAACGAUGGAGGCGAGGACUUCACAACCAGCCACUAACAAAGAAGAUAAAGACUUUUGCCAGGCAGGUUCUUCAAGCAGUUGACCUUGACUUUGACACCGAGCUCAGUGACUGUGGGCCUGUUGUGAAAGGAAUUAAGUUUUAAUAAUGCUCCCAGACAUGCAGAUUUACAGAACUGUAUUUACCCAGCUUGAAUCCACACAAAAAUCACACAGUAAAUGCUUAGUGGCCAAGAGUGAGGCGUUGUGUGAAAAGGCUGUCAGAUAAUCUUUCACACUUACAAAAAUCAAACUAAGUAAAUCCUGCAAGAAAUGUAUUUUUUUUCAAAAAUGUGAAACAUGAUAUGCUUUACAAGGUGUGAACAUUGGAUUGAACUGGUUGAUGAAAGGAAGAGCCCAUCAUCAAUGGUUGUAGCUGACACCACAAGCCUCUAUUUUAACAGUCAAGCAACAUCAGCUGGUCUUCUAUGACCACGUGACCCGGCACGACACCCUGUCAAAGACUGUCCUUCAAGGCACCUUGGAGGGUAGUGGACGCCGCGGUAACCAGAGAAAGAACUGACUUAUGAAGUUCAAAGACUGGACUGGUCGUCCUGUACAGGACCAUGCAGACUAUCGCCCACAAUAGACGAGAGUGGCGGCCUGUCAGCUGCUAGUCUAUCCAUGUGAUCCCCCCAACUACAGAUGGCGGUCAAGGGACGACUGGUUAUAGCCUGCAUACAAUUGAGUUCUCUCCCAAUAUAGACAUUAUUAUUCUCUUGCUACUGUGUGCAUGUCUUAAGCAUGCUCUAGUGAGACAUUAAAGACAGCUACUUACAUGAUGCAUGCAGUAUACAGCUACUCGUUUACACAAUGCAUGCAGUAUACAGCUACUUACAUGAUGCAUGCAGAAUACAGUUACAUGAUGCAUGCAGUAUACAGCUACUCAUUUACACAAUGCAUGCAGUAUACAGCUACUUACAUGAUGCAUGCAGAAUACAGUUACAUGAUGCAUGCAGUAUACAGCUACUCAUUUACACAAUACAUGCAGUAUACAGCUACUCAUUUACACAAUACAUGCAGUAUACAGCUACUCGUUUACACAAUGCAUGCAGUAUACAGCUACUUACAUGAUGCAUGCAGUAUACAGCUACUCAUUUACACAAUACAUGCAGUAUACAGCUACUCAUUUACACAAUACAUGCAGUAUACAGCUACUCAUUUACACAAUACAUGCAGUAUACAGCUACUCAUUUACACAAUGCAUGCAGUAUACAGCUACUUACAUGAUGCAUGCAGAAUACAGUUACAUGAUGCAUGCAGUAUACAGCUACUCAUUUACACAAUACAUGCAGUAUACAAAACUCAUUUACACAAUACAUGCAGUAUACAGCUACUCAUUUACACAAUACAUGCAGUAUACAGCUACUCGUUUACACAAUGCAUGCAGUAUACAGCUACUCAUUUACACAAUGCAUGCAGCAUACAGUUGGCAUACAGAUUUAUACUAUGAGAAAUAGCAAGCCCUUCUCUAUUUACAUUAACUCCUCGACUGCUACCUGUUGUCGAAAGAUGAUGGUGAUCCACUGGUAUUGGCUGUUGCGGUUGUAGGCAUGAGACAAAUGGAUAAACUAAGCAGUUGACAAGACUAUCGCCACUUAGGCCUGUCUUGAGCGGCAGUUAGCAGGUCAUGCAUGGGAUGACCAGUACACUCCUUACUGUCUGCAAGUAGUUCUUCAUUUCAUGUCAACCUUCCUCCAAAUAACUCUGAUGGAGGGUUUUAGACAGUGUCAUGCUGGGUCACAUGACCUAACCACAUCAGCUUACGCUGCUCAAGUGUCAUGAGAAGGGCUUAUGGGUGUCCUACAAGUGUGGCGACCAUGCUCCACACAGUCACUGGUUUUGUGUGCCACUGUUGCUGUCAUGAUCCCAAUGCAGAUGUCUAACAAUGGAGCUGCCAUGAUCCUGAUGCAGAUGUCUGCCAUCUUUGGAAGAUGCAGAUCCUAAACAGAGCUGUACACCUCCAUGAGCUGUACUCUGUACAUAUCUGCCAUUGCCAAUGACUAUGUCUUAACUCUUGUCAGUGCAGGUCUGCAUUCAAGCUGUCAGUCUGUUGGCGAGCUCCUGUAGGUCACCGCUGAUGUCUGCUAUCAGUUCAAUGUUGUCUACAAAGCAUAGGAAAUGGUAUGAAGGUUUUCUCACACGAUAUUCUCCAUGUGUAGAUUGUAUAAUUUACUCCAUGAAUUCCUCAACAACAAAAAUGAGCAGGCAUGUAGACAAUUCUCUGAGUAGGCAUAUAGAUUGCCACUUAAAGUAGUAUUCAGUAGGGAAAGCAUGUCUCUCUCUACCAUACAAAAGUCCACUACCCAGAUGCCUUUGGAAUUCCCAGAAAUAGUACCCAAGAACUACAGUGUAUAUUCUCUGCUUCAUAUCUGCUAAUACCCAGUGAGCAUAUCUAACCUUUGAUUACAGAGAACAGACAAUCUCGUUUUACAAAGGGAAGAUAACCACAAUCCUCAAAAACCUAUAGGAUGAAGCAGCAGCUAUAGUCUAUGACUACACAUAAAGUCAUAGAGGUAUAGGAGCAAGCAUGAGAGAACAGUCAAUUUUAGUUUGAUACUGCAUGCAGCUCCAGACCUGCAAUGGAAAGAUAACAUUUAGGAAGUGGGAUAUUCUGCAGUCCAGGAACUUAUGGCCCUAAAAUUAAGGACUUUGUUCUCUGAAAUUGUCUCGAACUGGAUGUAAGUUUACUCAAAUCCUGAAGCACA